AUGGAGAUCCAGGCACGGGCAUUAGAAAACGAAGUGCGGCAAUUAUGCGAUCAAGAACAGACGAAACACACGACAGUAUUAAAACAACGACUUUAUAGUUGUGUGGGUCAAUUUUUAAUGGAUAAUCUUGAGAUCCAUCAUUGGUGGUGUAGUUAUUCCCAGCUCAUGGUCUUUAUGAUGCGUGUUUUGGAACUUUAUCCAACCUCUGAGAGUGUAUGUAUCUUUUAUAAACGAAUGGAACAUCAAUUGGGGAAAUGUCGGCAAUGUGUGGACAUUUAUCAUGCGUCCAUGCCGAGUGUUCACGUUGAGCUCGAGUUUGAAUUUACACCUGAUUCGAUCAAGUCCUUUUUUGUUAAACUUCAAGGCUUGGACGCUGAUCGAGUCCGGCGUCAAUUGGCAAACACGUCAAUGGGAUUGGCAAACACUUCGUCCAAUGUGUUGGAAACGGUAGCAGUUACACUGUACGAAGUGCUUAGUCAUCGGCGACUGCUGUCGGAUUUUCGCAUUGUGCGAGUGCUGUCAAAGUGGAUUUCUUGUCGGUUCUCAGAUGUUAAAGCUAAUCCAAGUCUGGAAUGCUUACGCGGAUGUCCUGGUCUGUACCAACUACUGGUAUCACCAGACCCUGCUGUGAGAGGGUGGGCUAAAGAAACCGUUCAACACUUUGGCAAAAUCCAGCUAAGUGGUGAUUAUGGAAACGAUCAGUACUUACUCAACGUUCUAGACGAGUGGAUGUAUAUUCUCGAAAGCGAAGAAUUUAACAAAUCCGUGUUAUCGCUGGACUUGAAGACGACAGAGGAUCUCCAAGACUAUUUGGAGCCAACAAACUGUGUGAAGACGCCGACGAAGCCGAUGUUGUGGUCUGCAUUUGACCACAUAAUGCAGCAAAUGGACGUUAACAGCUUAGAAGUGAUGCUAGAUUCGUUCGACACAAUCCCGGAUGUAGCGUUCAACUAUCUACAAGAUGCAGAUCCCGCAGGAGACCAGACACUUACAUUGGUGGUGUCUAAGUGUUUUGCGGUUCUUUUACGCUGUCUGGGACACCGGUUUUGGAACCACAGCGUUAACUCCCCAAAAGUCGUGCUAGAAGUGGUAAUGCAGCAUUGCCGUCUCGGGACUUGGCGUGUAUUUGUUACGAAACAGUUUAUUGAGCUUCUACCGCCAUUACUAGUGGCCAUGCGUCCACCUCAAAUCUCUAGCCAAGUGGCCAACGAAGGAAAAUUAGAAAAGCUCGAAUAUUAUUUGAAGACACGGAGGGAAAUCCUGCAAUUUCUAAUUGCCGAGGAUUUUCGCCCAAAGCAUUACGACGCCAUUGCCAUUGUAGCAGCAUCAAGGGCAGUCUUUACUAUUCUGAUUGACUGUUACGAAUACCGCAUGUCCGGUUCUGUAAAAAAUAACUGUGGAAGUGGACGAGAGGAAGGCGCGCUAUCUGAAUCGAUCUCUAUUGACUAUUCCAUCUCUGAAAGCGCCUUCUGGUGGCCGUGUAGUUCGGGAACUGGAGACAGUACUAAUGAGCACCUGGGGAAGCUAUGGAUGGAUCACUUGUUUGGUAUUGUUAUCAAGCCUAACAAUGUUGAGUCGCUAGUUGACUUGGCAGCAGAGACAACCGCCCUCAUAUUGAGCAAACACUUGCAACUUGCUCGGGAUAUUGUGUAUUCGGGCAUUAUUGCUAGCAAUGUGGGGAAGCCAGCAUCGAUAGAAGCUAUUACCAAGGGAAAGCCGGUCAUCACUGAUUUGCUGAUCAAACUGUGUUCAUGGAAGACGGUCACGACGAUACCGCUUCAAGUUCACGGAGCACUGUUUGAGUCAAUUGGAGGUAUUUCUGAGCUACUAAACGGUUUAGUCGUUCAGACCACCCCCAGUAACCAGCAUCAACAAAUCACGACAAUAUUACGGAAAUAUGAGGAUCACACCCAACAGUAUCUCCAGCGAAUGUGUAAUGAGGUGUUACACAAGGGCCUAGCUAAUCCCUUUCGGUUUCCUGUGGUGUCCCAACAUAUAAGUGCUUGCUAUCUGAGUCCGACAAGCAGUGUCGAUCAGAUGAUAAAAAGGCUAAUCAGCCAAUAUGCUGUUGACAAGAAGAAGCCAACACAAGUACCUUCUCCGUUAGAAGCUGUUCUCAUUUCAGUUCACCGAAAUCCCGAGGCCUAUUUACGUGGUCAACUUUCCAUGCUUCAAUCGAUGCGCCUGUACGGCUUUUCCCAGGCUGUGUGUUUGCCUGCCAUGAAGAAGCUUAUUUUUGUUUGGUCCCGCGUCUUUAAAAUGCUGAGCGGUGACCUGGAGAAAGUUUUCAUGAAGGCAUCAAAUGCGAAGGCUAUGACCACAUCAUCACACCAGGUCACGGAUACUGGCAUCGCAGCAGUACACCUGCUGAAGCUUCCCAAUCUGAUCAACGAGUUUCUGAUCGCUCUACUAACCAAUUUGCUCGCCCCAACAACCAAAUUGUCGGUGGAGGUUACAGAAACGAUUCGAGUGCAAUGUCUUGACUUUGGAAUAUCAUUUUGGAAAUUCUGGAUAUUAGUGUUGAAAGACCCAGGCGUGUCCAGCAAGCGUGUGGCAGGGCUGAUAACUCCACUGGUUGAGUGUAUAUCCAAGGGGUCGGCGUCUGAGAACAAGCGAGCUGCUGAGCUGCUGAUGACAGUGUUGGAGUGCCUUUUGAAAGGAAAUACUCGUCUAGAUGAAACAACACUUGCUCUGAUCGACAGCAUAAAAGCCGAAGCAGCAUCAAUUGAGUCCAGACAGUCUACUGAUUUUGGUCGCAUGACCAAAAAGCUGCGUCAAAUGGGCCAACACUCUGAUUUUUUUACGAAGCGCUCGACAGGAUCAAGUCUGCAAAACUUUGGAGACAUGACCCUCUCUCGGUCAAAGUCAAAGCUACCGCCGAGAGCUAAACCUUCUCCGAAUAUGCUUGGUUUUUCUAUUAGGCCAGUGAGUGGGAAGUCGGCAGCUGGAGCUCAUGGUCACGCAUUGGUGGAUCUUACUGGUGCUGAGGAAGUAUCUGCCGAAGCAGCAGCUCGAAGACAGCAUGUUUUUUACUCGGAAGAAGAGUACCACGCAAUUUCAACAAAGGCACCUUCUACGAAACAGGCACCAAAGCCGAAGUCUUCCUUUGAUUUAUCUCAAACCAUAAAAGGUAUUAAACAAUCGCAUCCAGGGUCAAACAAGACAAUGUCAUUCGAACGUCCGAAGAAACAGGUCGACGCACCAAAGCAAACGGAAGAGGAGGAGAAAGACGAUACUAAUCUACGUUUUGCUGCUCUUUUCCAUCGAAUCAAAACUACACAGAAACCAAUUGCAAUUUGCUCGCUGCUCCCAUUUUACCGGCAAUUGCUUCAAAUUUGCAUGCCUGUUCUUUUGUCUGGUGAGUUCCAAAACGAACGAUCGGAAAAAGAGUUACAAGCUCCGGGUUUGAAUUUCAAGAAGAAUGCGGAUUAUGUCCGAGCUUUUCUGCCACUGAUGCUAGAAGAAUGUAACAAUGAAGUCCAAGAACGCCUCCGAACAUGUUGGUAUCGAAAUGGGGGUCAUCUACUUCGCUACGAGUCUGAAAAGCCACGAGAAGGUAUGCGUUGUAUUAGCUUCAGCAUUGCUCAAAAAGACGAAGCGCUGCUAGCGAGCUCUCAAGCAAAUUUCGGUGGCAAGAGACGACCGGGAAGAAGCUUCAAUGAGAAGUUAUUUCGAAAUGGCGACGUGGUUCUCUUGCAAAUUUUAGCUGGUAGCGAUGACCAAAGUGGCUUUAUGAAUAAGCGGGAGUUUUUGGGUGUCGUCUUGAUCAGCGAGACGGAAAAGGGGCGACGGCAAACAUCGUCGAUAAAAAAGAAUUCGAAGAACGAAGAUGGAGAAUCUGUAAAGGUGCUCUUCCUGAAUGAUGGCGAAUUGGACAACGCGACAGCAAGUGUAGGUACGUUCUCGACUGAAGUGUUGGCGGCGAGUGCAAUCGCCGAUACAGAGUGGAAGGUAAACACGCUCUGUAAUUUGGUGACGUCUGCGCGCGAGUACAUUGCGCUUCGGUCCGUCGAUAUGCUCCCCGAGCACCUGAGAACAGCUAUUUUGACUCCAGAAGCGUACAAGUCUACACAAUCAGAGCUCAUUACCAUCACAUCGGUACUGGAUGACUUGCGAUCGAAAAAAUCAAGCGAAAACAGUCAAGCAAGUAUUGUGAAGAUUCUGAAACGCUUAGACAAGAUGGACGUGAUGCUGACCGAUUUGAGGUCUACUAGUAUAGGUAAAGCUGUCAACAAGCUGCGCAAGCACGAUGAUGCAGAAGUCAGGACCCUUUCUGGAAAGCUCAAAGAAAAGUGGACGAGUCUCAUGGAUAAGAAAGAUACUCUGGAGCGCGCACCUCGCUUUCUAUCGCCCGAUCUGUGGGAGGCAAUUAAGCCCCAGUAUAAUUCAUCCCAGUUGCAGUCCAUCCACAGCGUGCUGAAUAACUACAACAUGGGUGUAUCUCUACUUCAAGGACCACCAGGAACAGGCAAGACGAAAACGAUUAUGGGCCUUCUGAGUGGAUUGUUAUCAUUGCGGUUACCAGCAAAUGCCGUCAUGCCAAUAAUAAACCCGAAAAGUGGUUCAAGCGCUCCAGGCAACGGCACCAAAGGAGACUUCAAUAACUUUGAGACUGCACGAUGUCGCGGAACGAAUACUGGGCGAUCCGUCGAACAACCAUCAAUGCAAGCUCCAGCGUCGACAUUUUCAUUGAGUGGGGUCACAUCUGCCCUCGGGAGUAUUCUUCGUCGUACGUCUGACUCCGCCGUAGCAGCUGGACCAAGUCAAACGACCAUUCAAUCGCUGAAGAAUGUUGGUAUGUCGCGCAGUCGAUUAGAAAAGAAGUUAUCAUCUCGCACGAGCCACCAACCCAACUCAAAACUGGUAGUAAAGCGCCGUGUUAUAUCAAAAGCAGCGUUGGAGCGUUCAGCAAGUCGAACAAAUAACAUCCUGCUUUGCGCGCCAUCCAACGGUGCUGUAAAUGAGUUGGUGCUACGAAUCGUUACGAACGGACUAAUGGAUAGUUCUGGGAACGUCGCUAAAGUCCGAGCGCCGAGUGUUCAUCCUGAAACACUCUUGAAGGAAUGGAUAUCCAUUGUCCGCCUCGGAAAUGCAGGCGAGGAUGCACCUGAGAUUGUUAACUCUGUUUGCUUGCCGCAUAUCAUCCGGCGUGAAAUGGCAAUUCACCCGAAAGCAAUGGAAUUGCACUCACUCCAAGAAACACAGCGACAAUUGCGCGGCUCUAUUCGUGAUUUUCACAAUAAGAUAGAAGACGCGGCUGGACCCAAGCGAGAUCGAAAGGCGCUCGCCAAGAUGCAUCAACAACUGACAGGAUGCUCGGGUCGAAUCAGACGUCUGCGAGAUGAAGUGACGGCAUUUCGGGCCAAAAUGACAGAAACUAUCUUGUCCGAGGCAAGCAUUAUUGCUUGCACCUUGUCAAAGGCAGGAAGUGGUGACUUUUCGGGAUUGAAGCAUGGCUUUGACGCCCUCAUCAUCGAUGAAGCGGCCCAAGCAGUGGAGCUAAGUACGCUUAUUCCGAUCCGGGAGCGAGUAGCUCGUGUUGUGCUGGUUGGUGACCCUAAACAGCUUCCAGCUACAGUAAAAAGCGUUGUCGCGGCAAAAGCACGGUACGAUCGAUCACUAUUCGAACGUAUAGCUGAAAGUGGUGUCGCACCGUCAAUGCUUCGAGUGCAAUAUCGAAUGCAUCCAUUUUUGCGGGACUUCCCGUCCAAGAGAUUUUACGGAGGAAUGCUGACAGAUGGACCCAGCGUUAUGGAACGUGUUCAAAAGAUCUGCUCUGGCAUAUAUGCGCAUACGAGUUUUCAACCUUUUAUGUUGUAUGAUGUUGACAACUCGAGGGAGGAAGAUAUGAACGGGUCAAAGUACAAUCGCGUUGAGGCAACAUUUUGUGUUAGUUUGUGCCAAAACAUGUUUGAGACUUGUGCAGAGGUACGCAACAACAAAUGGAGUGUUGGAUUUGUAUCACCGUACAAAGAACAAGUACGCGUUCUUCGGCAAGAAAUCACACGUUCAGGAAUCCCAGCAAGCGUAUCAGUCGAAGUAAACACGGUGGAUGGGUUUCAGGGCCGAGAAAAAGACGUGAUCGUGUUUUCUUGCGUUCGCUCGUCUCGACACGGAGGUAUUGGUUUCUUGCGCGAUAUUCGCCGCCUAAACGUGGCAAUUACCCGUGCACGGUUUUGCCUCUACGUUAUUGGUAAUGUCAGUACACUAGUGCGCGAUGAAACGUGGGCUGCGUUAAUCAAGAGCGCUCGUGAUCGAAAGCUAAUUAUUCGGACAGAAGGAAAAGGAUUUCCUGAUGUGGCGAAGAGACUAGCAGGGGACAAAUGCCGCGAGUUGGCUGAACACUACAAGUUGAUGCACGAGAAAGCGGCUCAAAAGUCUACCUCCAUUGUGAAACCUACUGUGAAUGUACCUGCUGUGGUUAUAAAACCAGAGCUUAUCUCGGUAGAAGAAGCUAAGGACGUGAAGGCAAAUGACACAAUGAAACGUAAUGUUGAAGCGCGUUGUGCGCAUGAAGACAAGAGUGAAGAGGCGAGCGAUGACAAGGCAUCCAGCAGUGACAAACCAUCUUCGGCCUCCGUCAAAAGAGAAUCAGGACUUGAGCUUUCAGUGAAUCAACCUGUCGACAGCCACAAAAGGUCUGCGAAGGAGGCUUUGGAUGCAGCAAAUUUGAAGAAGCCCCGCACAUCUGUGACAACACCGCCUUCAGAAGCGGACUUGCGAGGUCAAUAUGAGAUUCGGAGCUUUCGUGACCGGAACAACUCAUCGACAGCCGAUGUGCGCCAGCGUAGUGGGAACCGCACCCACGAAAGAGCUAAUGACUGGAGAAGGGAUGAAAGUUCUUCGAGAAAGGAUACAGGUUCUUCGAGAAGGGAUACAGGUUCUUCGAAAAGGGAAUCGCAACAUGAAGAGACUGACAGUUCUCGCGGCUAUAAAUGUUCAUUUGAUAGGGAGCAAGGUGACAGCACAAGCAACAGCAUGAACUCACAGGACAACCGAUACCGUCAGGGUAAUCGUCGCGACUGCGAUAGUCAAACGCACGCAAUUGCGUCAUCGAGAAGUACGUCUGGAUCUUCAUCCGCUUCUUUGCAGUCAGUUUCCGAAAAGGAAGUUUGCCAAGUCAAUGAGCCUAUUCCUGCUUCAACGACAGAUCGUGCGCUUCCGAUAGCCCCACGGAUGAGAGGUGAACGACCGCCACAAGCGUCCGCUUACCCCGACCAUCGUAAUCGUGCUUCGUCACGUAGACGCAAUUUUAAGGCCACGACGGAUGAGUUGAGCACCACCAGAAAUCAUGGCAUCGCUGCCAGGAAUCCUGUCGAAAGGAGCACAAACGUGUUGGGCAAUAUCCUUGGCAGCGCUUCGAAGCUCGCGAAGUCAACCUCGCGCGUAAGCGAAAAGACGAAACCGCGCAGCUCCGAGUUUUCGUAG